AUGAAGGCCUCUCUCCUUGCCACGGUGGCAGCGCUCUGUGCUGGCCAGGCGUCUGCUCAGUUCGCCCAGGCCGCCAUGAUGCGCUUCCAAUGCUCGCAGCUCGUUAUCGAACGUCUCGACCCGCUAGUCAACCCCGGCGAGGUACAGUCUCCGCAUCUUCACCAGAUCGUGGGCGGCAACUCCUUCAAUGCCAGCAUGACGCCCGUCGAGUAUGACCCCGCAGAGAAGUCGACAUGCACGACCUGUUCUUUCUCAGAAGACUUCAGCAACUACUGGACGGCAAACAUCUACUUCCGCGCAAAGAAUGGAAGUUACAAGAGGGUCCCGCAAAUGGUCAACCUUGGGCUCAGGGGAACCGGGGGUGUGACGGUGUACUACAUUCCGCCUUAUGACGGCAAGACCACGGUCACAGCCUUCAAGCCGGGCUUCCGCAUGCUAGUGGGAGAGGCCGGCCGCCGGACCCAGCAGGGCAUGCAGAAGCAAAUCUGCCACCGCUGCGAGCACAACAUCGAACAAACCCCCUUCGGUGGCGCGCCUUGCACGGGCGAGGACACGGCAUCUUUCCCGGAGCAGAUUUGCCCUGGUGGUAUCCGGACGACCAUCACCUUCCCAACAUGCUGGGACGGCAAGAACCUCGAUUCUCCGGACCACAAGAGCCAUGUUGCCUACCCCGAGGUUGGCAGCUUCGAGUCCACCGGCCCGUGCCCUGCUAGCCACCCCGUCCGCCUACCGCAAUUGAUGUACGAGGUUAUGUGGGACACGCGCGAGUUCAACAACCCGGAGGACUGGCCCGAGACCGGACAGCCCCUUGUUUACUCGAUGGGCGAUGCCACCGGAUUUGGCCAGCACGGCGAUUACGUCUUCGGCUGGAAAGGUGAUGCUCUGCAACGAGCGCUCGAUGCCCGCUGCACCGGUGACCGUUGCUCGGUCUUGCAGACCCAAACUCCCGAGGAGGCGGUGGCCUGCCAGAAGGAGCAGACCGUGGUAGAAGAGACAGAAGGAUGGCUCGACGCCAUUCCCGGCGGGGUGCAUCCGGUUUAG